AUGGCUCCCGCUCACCUUCGGCGCCCGCCCCAAGCCCCGCCAAUAUUCACGGCAACCCCGCAAUCAGUCGUUGCCGAUGCAGAGCGUCUGAUCAAGAGGUCCCGAGACGUCCAGGACAAGGUCGUUGCUGAAAUCACGCCCGAGACAGCUGUCUUUGGCAAUGUUUUGCUUCCGCUAGCUGAAGAUGAGAAUGAUAUGGGCCUCGAGACUCACAUCAUUGGCUUCUACCAGGCUGUAUCAACCGAUCAGAAGCUGCGCGAUGCAUCCUCUAAAGCUGAAGAGCUUAUGGACGAGUUCUUUAUCGAGUCUGUUAUGCGUGAUGAUGUCUUCAAGCUGGUUGAUGCUGCCUUGAACAAGAACGAGACUCUGGACCCAGAGUCUCGCCGUCUGCUGGAGAAGGAACACAAGAGCUUUGUCCGUAACGGACUCGGUCUGCCUGCUGGUCCUCUGCGUGCCCGGUUCAAGGAAAUCAAGAAGCGGUUGAGUCAGUUGAGCAUUGAAUUCCAAAAGAAUUUGAACGAGGAGAAUGGCGGUAUAUGGUUCACUCCCGAGCAGUUGGACGGUGUUCCCGAGGAUGUUCUCCAGGGUCUUAAGAAAGGUGAGGGCGAGAAUGAGGGCAAGCUCUGGCUUACCUUCAAGUACCCGGAUCUGUUCCCGACUAUGAAGUACGCCAAGGACCCAGAGAUCCGUCGACAGGUCAUGAUUUCCAACGAGAACAAGUGCAACCAGAACGUGCCUCUGUUCCGUGAGUCUAUUGUGUUGCGUGAUGAGGCUGCCCGUCUCAUCGGCUACCCGAACCACGCUGCGUUCCGUAUCGAAGAUAAGAUGGCCAAGACCCCUGAGACUGUUGAUAAGUUCUUGGGAGAUCUGCGCACUCGUCUGACUGCUGGUGGUAAAGCGGAAAUUGAAAUUUUGAAGAAGCUAAAGAAGGAGACUGAGCCUAAUUCCGACGGCAACUACUACCUCUGGGACCAUCGCUUUUAUGAUCGUCUCAUGCUGGAGCGUGACUACCAGCUAGACCACCAACAAAUCGCUGAGUACUUCCCGCUGCAAACUACCAUUCAGGGUAUGUUGAAAACCUUUGAGGAGCUCUUCGGCUUGGAGUUUGUGGAGAUCGUUGGCGAGGACCGUGCUGCUAUCGCUCCUACCGGGAAGGGCGAUGACAUCGUCUGGCACCAGGAUGUACAGUUGUUUAGUGUGUGGAACGAUGAAGGCGAGGGUAGUGGAUUCGUUGGAUACCUCUAUCUGGACCUAUUCCCGCGUGAGGGCAAGUAUGGCCACGCUGCCAACUUUAACCUCCAACCGGGCUUCAUCGCUCCCGGUGGCGCUCGCCGGUACCCAGCAACCGCACUAGUCUGCAACUUCACCAAGCCUACCGACAAGAAGCCUAGUCUACUAAAGCACGACGAAGUGGUGACCCUCUUCCACGAACUGGGCCACGGCAUCCACGACCUUGUCUCGCGCACCAUCUAUUCCCGCUUCCACGGCACCAGCACCGUACGCGACUUUGUCGAAGCACCCAGCCAGAUGCUGGAGAAUUGGUGCUGGACCCCGUCACAGCUGCGGGCCUUGAGCCAGCACUACUCAACCCUCUCGCCCGAGUACCUUGCCGGAUGGUAUGAGUCCCAACAGAAGCGCAGCGGCGGCAAGACAGCCACAGGCCCACCAUCAGAGAAGAUCCCCGACGAAGUGAUCGAGAACCUAAUCCGAACUAAGCACGUCAACGACGCCCUCUUCAACCUGCGUCAGCUACACUUCGGCAUCUUCGAUAUGAGCGUCCACGAACCGAAGAGCCACGCGUACAUUGAAUCCCUCCCCAUAUCUGCUACUUACAACCGUCUCCGCCACGAGAUCACCCUCAUGGACGGACCCGAGGCCGUAGGCGCCGGUGACGAAUGGGGCCACGGUGAAGCUACCUUUGGCCACUUGAUUGGUGGCUACGACGCCGGGUACUACGGCUAUCUUAGCUCGCAGGUUUACUCGACUGACAUGUUCUACACUGUUUUCAAGGAUGAGCCCAUGAACAAGGAGCAUGGUCGUCGCUACCGCUACCAGGUCCUGGAGAAGGGUGGAAGUCAGGAUGAGAUGACGACUUUGACUAACUUCUUGGGUCGUGAGCCAAGCACUGAUGCCUUUUACAAGGAGCUUGGACUUGCAUAA